UUCUUAGAAACACACAGUUCUAGAAAAUACAAUGAGUAUGUUUAAAGUCAUAGCCUGAUGGCCACAUGGUUCAGCACUUCAAAGGGGUUGUUCUGAGAGCUGAGAUUAAUUUACACAUGGUAUUCAGCUUUUCCAAGGCUUUUCUCUUGAGAUGGUUGGAAAUUGCUCUUGAUUAGGUAGUUGGUUUGAGAUUUUAUAAGGUGCUGGUUGAUCUUCUGGUUGCUUGGUUUUGUCUUGGAGGCUGUUUUAAAGCUGAGUUGGACUGCAGUACUACAUUGUCCAAAAAAUGGCUAGUCUAAAAUUGGGAUCUAAGGCAGAUGCGUUUCAAAGGAAAGGACAGGCCUGGUUUUGCACAACUGGCCUUCCAAGUGAUAUUAUUGUCGAGGUUGGAGAGAUGUCAUUCCAUCUCCACAAGUUUCCCUUGCUUUCAAGAAGUGGAAUGAUGGAAAAGUUGAUUGCAGAAGCUUCUGGAGGAGAAGGUGCCUGUGUCAUUAACCUCCCUGAUAUCCCAGGAGGUGAUAAAACAUUUGAACUUGUUGCUAAGUUCUGUUAUGGAGUUAAACUCGAACUUCUUGCCACAAAUGUUGUUUACCUUCGGUGUGCUUCUGAGCAUCUCGAAAUGACUGAGGAGUAUGGGGAUGGCAAUCUAAUCUCACAAACUGAAAGUUUUCUCAAUCAAGUGGUCUUGCGAAAUUGGAAGGACUCUUUAAAAGCGCUCCAAAGCUGUGAAGAUGUUCUCCCUUUGGCUGAAGAUCUCAAUAUUACCAAACGCUGCAUUGAGUCAUUAGCUGUGAAAGCAAGCAGCGAUCCAAAUUUGUCUGGAUGGCCUAUUAGUGAAUAUGGUGGGCCAAUGCAGAGUCCUGGUGGUAGUGUUCUAUGGAAUGGGAUAAGUACCGGUGCAAGGAUAAAAAAUUCAAGUUCAGAUUGGUGGUAUGAAGAUAUAUCAUGUUUAAGUUUGCCUCUUUACAAGAGGUUGAUUUCAGCUAUGGAAUCUCGUGGGAUCAAGCAAGACGUAUUAGCUGGAUCACUCACUUCAUAUGCAAAGAAGUACCUGCCCGGGCUGAAUAGACGUCAAACCGCCAGUGAGUCUAAAAACCAUCUUGAACCAGCACAUUCAGGAGGUCUGCCAUCUGAAGAAGAUCAGAAGCUUUUACUAGAAGAGCUUGAUAAUUUACUUCCUAACCACAAGGGACUAAUCCCAACAAAAAUUCUGUUCAGCCUACUUCGGACAGCACUGAUUCUACGGGCAAGCCCCUCUUGCAUUUCAAAUUUGGAAAGAAGAAUAGGAAUGCAGCUUGAUCAAGCAUCCCUUGAGGAUCUCUUAAUGCCCAACUUCUCAUACACCAUGGAGACUUUGUACAAUGUUGAAUGUGUGGAGAGGAUUCUUGAACAUUUCUUGGCCAUGGACCAGGUGACUGGUGGGAUGUCCCCUACUUCGAUUGAUAAUGGCCAGUUGAUGGGGUCCCCAUCAUUGACACCAAUCACAAUGGUAGCCAAACUGAUUGAUGGGUACCUGGCAGAGGUUGCCCCUGAUGUUAAUUUAAAGCUCCCAAAAUUUCAGUCUCUUGCUGCGGCUGUUCCUGAUUAUGCCAGACCCUUGGAUGAUGGUCUUUAUCGCGCAAUCGACAUAUAUUUGAAGGCACACCCAUGGUUGGCAGAUGCUGACCGAGAACAAUUAUGCAGACUGAUGGACUGUCAGAAACUCUCCCUGGAAGCCUGCACCCAUGCUGCCCAAAAUGAAAGGCUUCCGCUAAGAAUUAUUGUCCAAGUACUAUUCUUCGAACAGCUUCAACUUAGGACUUCCAUCUCCAGCUGCUUCCAGUCUGACAAUAUUGACGGGUCAAGGCAGCUAAGAAGUGGUUUGGUGGCAUCUAGUGAUGCAGGCUGGAACACAGCUGUGAGAGAAAAUCAAGUUCUAAAAGUUGGAAUGGACAGCAUGCGGAGGCGGGUAUCUGAGCUCGAGAAAGAAUGUUCAAAUAUGAAGCAAGAGAUUCAAAAACUAGGUCGUGCUGGAACCAGCACUUGGGGUAACAUGUCUAAGAAGUUCGGGUUCAAUCUGAAGUCUCAGAUGUGUAGCGCUCAGGAAGGGUCUGUUAGUAAUCACAAUUUGGAAACCGGAAAGGGUGAAAAGACAAAGGAGAAGCAUGGGAAGCACAAGAAUAAGCAACUUUCACUUAAGUAAUGCAUUUCAUUUGUCAUCAAUUAUGUAUAUCUCUUUUCAAUUGUUCCAUAGGUUUAUCGCGAAUUUGUUUCUGUCAUACUACACAUCUAGUUAUAUUCCUGGGUCACUUGUUCAAAGGUGUUAUCUGUUGGGAAAGGUCAGAUAAUUGUUUAUAAGAUUUGUCUUUUGUAUUGAACAAUUAGAAACCAUCUCUUGGUGUAUAUAUUUUGCAUGAGUUUCGGGUAA